AUGAAUUGGUCAUCAUGUUCACCUGAUAUUAUUUUUUUAAUCUUCAAGAAAUUAGACAACAAAUCACUGCUCACUUGUCUCGCUAUUUGCCAAUUAUGGCGAGAUGUUGCUUACUAUAUUAUAGAGACCAAAGAUAAUAUGUGGCAAAGCCUUGCAGAGGAUACCCUGUAUAACAAAGCAAUAUGUUUCAAGCAAAAGUCUACUCUUUCUUGGCAAGAGAUAUGUUUCAAUUCUUUGUUGUGGAUCAACCUGAACACAAUAAAAGUAAAACUUGAUAAAACUUGGGUCCUGAAAAGAGAGAACAUAAAAGCUAUCCAUAUGUAUAAAGAUCAAAUUAUUAUUAUUUAUGAUUCUAUUGCGGAGUACUUCAAUGUGAAAACUUCAUCAAGGGUUGUGAAAAAACCAUCUUUGAUAGAUUCUCAAGAAACGGAGCACAUUACUAUUUCGCUUAUGACUGGAAAUGAAUUAAGCAUUAGCUUUAAGCACAAUUCCACCAGAUAUUCACCUUUAUGCUAUGUUUUUAAGUUAAUCGACGAUCGCUGCUUCGUCAUAGACAGUAAAAACAAUCUAUGGCGCUACAAAUGUUGCGGCCGGGGCUAUGGGGUGCGUUUCAUAAUGCGCACGUAUGACUCGCCCGGUUCGAUUUUGACAUUAAACGUGUUCGACAAAGAUGUAUAUAUUUUAACAAACAACGGCAUCAUAUUGAACGUGCUGGAAUGGGGCUUGCACUACUGUAGCGUUGGCAAAGUGGAACAGCCGAACUUUUAUAACAGCCCCGUGAUAGUUAUGUUCCUGAAGCACAGUAUCGUUUAUAGUGUGCCAUGCCAAAGCGAAACGGACACAAUGAGCGUCUCCAAGAUUGGUGAUACGGAAGAGGUGUUAAUUGAGUGUCCCGGGAUGACCUGCGCAACACCACACGGUGAACUGCUGCUACUUGGAUACGAAGAUGGGACCGUAGAAAUAUGUUACCCGCAGAAACUUUUGAGUAACACGAGUUCGAAUUUAAAGUUCAAUAUUAAGGAUCUCGUCGGAAAUACUUUAGAAAAAGUGGCAAUCGUAGCGCUAGACGUGUACGAGGCAGAGGGCGCCCAAUAUCUGUUCGUAGCGACGCAAUGCGAUGUAUACAAGGUGAUAUUGCACCACGAAAAAGUGUUUUUCUCUAAACGUUGUAUAAUU